GAGGAAGUCUAUAUAAACCCCGUCUUGUCUCCCCAGACACCCUGAUGUUUCUAGCAAGUCGAUGAGAUUCAACCUUUCGUGAGUGGUAUAUCUGUCUCGAAAACAUUGGCGAACGUAAGUAACUCCUUGAAACAUGGCUGAGAGUAUUCCCACCGAGGUUUCCGAAGCGGAGCGAGAACCUCGCCGUGAUCUUGGUGAUCAAAUUGUGUGGCUCGCAUCCUCGAUCUAAGCAAGAUCCCUAACUUCAUGUGUGGAGACGAUGCGCUAUCUAUCUAUGGGGCACCGUUGCACGAGACUACGGAACGUGACUGGGUGGUCCCCGAUGAGCACAUCAUCGAGGCAAUAAAAGCCUUCACGCAGGCGGGGUUUUUGCAGUGUCCACAUCGAAGCGAAUACGCAAGACUCGACAAGCUCGGGCUGUUGGACAAUUUCGACGAUCCCGAUCCCGACCCUUUGGAAGAGCUCGAUCCAGGCCCCUGGAAAGGCGAUUUCGAUCUACCGGACUAUCACUUCCACUUGAAGUUUGACUUGUCUAGCCAGAACCCUCGAGCGAUAGGUUAUACACCGACACGUCCUAUUCAUCUCUACCGCAUGUCGCGGCUCGUGCCGACAUUUCCUAUCCCGCCCAUUGGCGCUCCCCCUCGCGAUGAUCCAUACUAUCGGCUCACAUCGGACGACCGCAUUCGGCUGUUUUCCCACGACAGUGGUGACUUGCCCCGGGGGCGUCAGUCGGAUCACGAGGCCUUUCAUCCCGUGGAGAUCCCUCACUUGGCCCGCUGGGUGGAGGCCCACCAGUUGCGGAUUCUUAGCAACUUGCCACGGGCAGCGCUCCCUGAUGGUGAGACCAUGGGCGUGCGCUGAGACCGCCCGCCCUGGUUGCAUAGAUACAUGAU